CAUACGUAUAAGUUAGGAUAAAGUUUGAUAGAUGGAGAGGACAGAGGUGUUACAGAAAAACUUGGUUUUAAUUCAAAAGAAAUGGCUCUACAAAUAUUUUCCCCAAAAAUUCAACAGCCAUUGAAGUCCAUUUUUCCUUCUCCAACUAAUAAUGGAUGCGGUAUCAUUGUGCCUUCUGCCUAUAACUCAUCUCGUAGGCUUGCUUUAUUUCAACUCGUCAUCACCCAGUCACAAUUAUUUAAUGGAAAAGCACCUGAAUCUCUUAGUGCUGAAGGGAAAGUGAUUGAAAGUGGAAUGGUUGCUGAACUGGCGCAGUCAAAUAUUGCGCUAAAUGAUGAAACUGCAUCAGAGUGGAUCAAGAAGGACAAAAGAAGAAUGCUUCAUGUCGUUUAUCGUGUUGGGAAUUUGGACAAGACGAUUAAGUUUUACAGAGAAUGCUUGGGAAUGAAGCUGUUAAGGCAACGAGACAUACCAGAGGAGGGCUAUUCAAAUGCUUUUUUAGGUUAUGGACCUGAAGAAUCAAAUUUUUCCGUUGAACUUACUUACAACUAUGGAGUUGACAAGUAUGACAUUGGAACUGGUUUUGGUCAUUUUGGAAUUGCUGUUGACGAUGUUGCUAAAAUGGUAGACCUAGUAAAAGCAAAGGGAGGGAAGAUUGUCCAGGAACCUGGUCCAGCUAAAGAUGGAGGACCUAUAGUUUCCCUCGUGGAAGAUCCUGAUGGCUACAAUUUUGAACUAUUAGAGAGAGGGCCUACUCUUGAACCUUUCCGUCAAGUAAUGCUUCGUGUAGGAGAUCUUGACCAGUCCAUUAAUUUCUAUAAGAAGGCAUUUGGCAUGGAGCUUCUUCGAAAAAGAGAUAAUCCGGACAACAAAAACACAAUAGCCAUCAUGGGUUAUGGACCUGAAGAUAAAAAUACAGUUUUGGAGUUGACAUAUAUGUAUGGUGUCAAAAGCUAUGAUAAAGGAAAUGGUUAUGCUCAGAUUGCAGUAGGAACAGAUGACGUCUACAAGACUGCAGAAGCUAUAAAACUGUAUGGUGGGGAAAUUGUACUUGAACCUGGACCUUUGCCGGGUAUAAACACCAAGAUCAUGGCAUGCAUUGAUCCUGAUGGUUGGAAGACAGUUUUUGUUGAUAAUGCUGAUUUUAUGAAGGAAUUAGAGUGAACAUAUGCAGUACUAACCCAAACAUCUCAAUCUUUCAGUUUCUGAAUAAUUUGUCACAAUUUUUCCGGUGAUAUUAUCCAUUAUCCAGAUAAUCUAUUUCCGGCUUGAACGAUGGAUAGUUUUACUUAUAUAAAAACAACCAUGAAUGGCUCAUUGUAUUGCCAUUUUCAAAUAUGUAAUCUAUCCCUAUACAGAUGUACUAGCUUAAAUCAAUCCAUUGCUUCUCUGA